AUGGCGAGUGAAGAAGAUGAGCAAUGGAAUGUUUCUGUGAAAGUGCUUGUUGGGAAUGGCAAGUACCGAGAGUACCGUCUCCCAAGCUCACUAUGCACAGAUAGACCUACACUCUGGGGCUCCAAACAUGAGGUUGGCCAACGAAUCGCUGAUAUUGUGAGAGACAAGAAGUUAAAAAUAGGAGAAUUGAAACGUUAUAUUCAGAAAAUAGAGCAAAGCCAAUCAAUUUGGUUGUCACUAGCAAAAAAUGUUAACGGAAAAAGUGAAAACUUUUUCCUCGAUGCACUUUCGGCUUCAGAUGAGGAUCUUGAAAAAUUUGAACAGUUGAACUUUUUCUCAAAGAAAAGCUGGUCAAAGCUUCGAGAUGUAGAAGAGCUAUCGGAGGUAGAGAAAGAUGAAUUGAGCUUGAUUGAUAACGAAGUAGAACCCUAUAAAACGGAUGAUGUCAAUGAAAACGGAGAGAAUAAGUUACGACAUUACGAGUGGAUGUGUAAAAAGUCGGUCGGGUUAUCGAGUUCGAGACAGCAAAGUACCGAGAGAGAGGACAGAAAUGUCACGUCUAGUGCAGUGAAGGAAACAAUGUCUAAUGGUUUUACGAAAACCAAGAAAGGUGACGUUGUUCCUGUUGAAAUUUGGCCCAAUUCUUCUCAACCAGUUGAUAGUUUGAACGCAGUCGUUGUGAACGGAAUAGAAAUUGAUACUAAAGACAAGAAAAACAAUCUCAAAGAGGACCAGAAUACUGAUGAUGAUGUUGUACCUAGCGUCUCAAACACAAAUAAAGUGAACGUCUUUGAUGAAACAGUGCGGAACAGCAAUAAGCAAUUAGAGGAAAUUCCAACAAAAUUAGAGACAUCAAAACUAAAAGCUCCAGAAAAAGAAGUUGAUGAUCAAUUGUGCUCUAUCCAAAAUGCUAGUUCUCCAGCAAUUCGUGACAUCCAUUCAGAGAGGAUAGCGACUGAUUCAACUUUGGAGAAAUCUUCACAACCACCUAAAGUACGAAUGAAAGAUAAUGAAAAGGACACAACUAUCAAAAAAGAAGAAACUGUUCAAGAAUCUAAGAAAAAGAGUGAAAACGGUGAAACUAAAAAUGCGUCGGUAUCUCAAAAUUUUUCAUCUCAAGUCAAGAAACCACUUGCCGACGUUUCAGGAAUCUCUAGAUUACGUUUGACAAGCGGGUCUUCAGUUGAUGUGAAACCUGUUCCAGUAACAGUUCCAAAAGUGAGCGGUAAUAUUUGGGAGCGUAAAGCUGCCGAGAGGGAACAGAAGCAAUUGGAAGAGAAAUACGAGCAGCAAUAUCCAAAACCCGGAUCUCAGACAAACGGAAAUACUCUGUCAAUUAGCGAUGCUAUGAUAAAAUCGAAAAUUGAAACUGUUCAAAAUGGUGUUAUUUCAAAACGAGCUGCCAAGAAAUCUAAAAAGGAACAACUCAAAACGGAGCCUCCGAAACCUUCUGACUCAAAUGGUUGGAUCACUUUUUCUGCCAAGAAAGGAGGUCGUCCAACUAACGGAACAUUCUUGAGAGAUCUAGAAAAACAAGAAUCUACGUCGUUUUUGACUAGAUCUAGUGAAGACUCAACGACCAGUUCGUCGAUGCAGUCUUUGGAUUUAAUUGCACAAAGUUCUAAUGUUUCUCCUGAAAAUGUUACUGAUACCGGAGAAAAAAAAGUUGAGGAUGGUCCCAAAGAUGAGAUUCAAGCAAAAGAGCCCAGUAAUGAUGCUAUCAAAGCGGAAAAACGUGCAAAACGUCGUCAACGAGUUCAUGAAAAAGUGAAACUUUCUGCGAAACAAAACAAGGAAGAGGAGAAGAAGCUAAAAGAACAGAAGAGAAUUGAGCAUGAACUUCAAAUUCUAUCAGAAAAGAAAGAAAAAGAGGUCAAGCAACGUUUAGAAUAUGAACAGAAGAAGGCAGAAAUUCAAAGAAUCAAACGGGAGCGAGAAAGCCAACUGCUCACACGGAAACAGAAAGGAUGUGACCCUAGCAAAGUUCAAGACAUGCUCGAAAGCAAAGAAAGAUUAGUCGCUCAUGUCAAAGAAAAACCGCUUCGAUAUCUGAUGAUCGGGUCGAAGAUUUACAUGGACAAGCGUCUAAUGGAACUAGCAACAGAUAGGUCAAUGGAAAUCAACAAAAACAAGCACAAGAUAUUGCAUACGUACAAAGGACGUCUAAAAACGAUGGAUAGAAUGAACACAUUUCUGAUCUUCAUGAGCGAUCUCACGGAAAACACCAAGGAUUUCAGACUGGAAGAACUUCUGGAUUAUUUCACCAGUAAAAGUUUAGAUGUGAAUGAAGAGCCAUUGAAUGCUGUACACGAAGCAAUUCGUACCACUUUCAUUCAAUUCUGCAAGAACUUUACCUUGAAAAAUCCUGAAACUAUGGAAAAAGCUUGCCAGUUUGCUGAUUCGUUGCUGCAGAAAAUGGGAAAAGUACGUAAAACAUCAGAAAUGAUUGAGAAAAGCAACGAAAUUCUAACCAACUAUAAAAUGUUGUAUACUGAGGCUGUUGAUAUCAUGGGAUUGACAUCUUAUCUGAGAACACGUAUGAACACCGAGCUAUUCAUCAUGGAAGAGGACUACUUGCUGACGGUCACGGAGAGUGAAAUAUGUGGGUAUCAGGGGGAUGAAACAGAUGACGAAGAAGAGUUUGAAAAACCUGAAGUACACGAUAUGUGUUGCCAGACAGACGGAGAGACAUACGACGUCAGAGCUGCUUCGAUGCUGCCGCUAGCCGACUGA